AACAGGAAGUCGAUGUUGCCUGGCAACGUCAGUUUGAUUACAUGGUGUGCCGUGAUUAAUAUCCUCAACAUUGUCGUUUCACUGAGUCUAGACAGACAUUUAUGGCAGACAGAGAUCAUGUUUGACUUCGGUUGCCCACUGCUACUCGUUCGGAGCUCAGGGUUGAUCUGCGCUCACUGACCGACAGCUGGCGGCUCAUUUAAUCGCGUUAGCCAAUUAGCUUGCUAGCUAACGUUAGCACGUCGAGCUAAUCUCUUCGCUGCAAGUAAUCCCAGCCUUGACUGCCUUCGUCGUUCUUUCGUUAUUUAGCUUGAAAGAAAAAAAAAAUCUGAACAACGUUUAGGAGUCAAUUGGAUUUUUUUUCUCCUUGGUCGGAAAACAUAGUUUGAAUAUUAUCUCAAUUUUUUUUUUUUUAAAUAUUAAAAGAAGAUGGAGCUCCACCUACACAGAGUUGAUUAUACGCAGGUUGGUGUGACAUCCCAGAAAACGAUGAGGUUGCUUCCAGCGUUGGGGAAAAAGGCAACCCAAAAGGUUGCCAUAGCUGAUCAGGAUGGUGUAAUCACAUGUUUUGGGAUGAAGAAGGGAGAAGCCGUCCCUGUGUUUAAGACACUCCCUGGACCAAAGAUAGCCAGAAUGGACCUCGGAGGAGCUGCAGGAACUCCCCAGGAGAAGAUCUUUGUCUGUUCUGGUUCUCAGGUUCGAGGAUUUACUAAGAAAGGCAAACAGUUCCUCACCUUUGAGGCCAACCUCACGGAGAGCAUUAACGCCAUGCACGUCUCCGGCGCUGACCUGUUUGUGUGUGCGAGUUACAUCUACAACCACUACUGUGACUGCAAGGACCAGGACUACUUCCUGUCUGGAGACAAAAUUAAUGACAUCACAUGUUUAUCCUCAGAAAAGCUUCCUCACCUCGUCCCUGUGUUGGCUUGCCAAGAUCGAGUUCUCAGAGUCUUACAGGGAUCUGAACUUGCCUAUGAUGUUGAAGUCCCCGGCCCGCCAUCUGUUCUGGAACUUUAUAAUAAAGAUGGAGGACAGGAAGUCCUUUAUGGAACCACAGAUGGAAAAAUCGGACUGGUUCAGAUUGGGGACUGUGCUGCUGUGACCAGAUGGGAGAUUGAAAAUGAAAAAAAGAAAGGAGGAAUUCUUUGCAUUGAUACUUAUGACAUUACUGGGGAUGGAGUGAACGACAUCCUGGUGGGCAGGGACGAUGGGACAGUUGAAGUCUAUGGCUUUGACAGCUCCAGUGAGCCUGCGCUACGCUUUGAACAUGUGUUGACGGAGAGUGUGACCUCCAUCCAAGGUGGCUGUGUGGGGAAAGAGCCUUACGAGGAGGUCUUAACCGCCACCUACACAGGAUGGGUGACUGGGCUGACCACUGAGCCCCAGAGGGCUGAGGCUGUACAGGGAGAGGAGGUCAGGAUGAGCAAGGAGACCCAGUGUAAAAUAGAAGCACUCAGGGCAGAGCUGGAGCAGCUGCAGGUUAAAGUCCUGCAGGGGCGUGAGCAAUACCAACAGACCAGCCAGUCCAGCACGGCCGUCUCUGCUGUUCCCAUCUUCAGCAUAAACGACAAGUUCACGCUCUGCCAGGACGAUGCCAGCUACAGUCUCACUCUGGAGGUGCAGACGGCCAUCGACAACCUACUAUUGCAGAGCGACGUCCCCAUAGACCUGCUGGACGUCGAUAAGAACUCGGCCGUCGUCAGUUUCAGCGAAUGCGACUCAGAGCAGCCAAAUGGAAACUUCCUGCUGGCCACAUACAGGUGUCAAGCCAAUACUACCAGACUUGAGCUUAAGGUGAGAUCCAUUGAGGGACAGUAUGGGACCCUGCAGGCGUACGUCACGCCCAGGCUGCAGCCUAAGACCUGCCAGGUUCGCCAGUAUCAGAUUAAACCGCUUUCUCUCCACCAGCGGACACACAGCAUAGACCCAGACAGGCCAAUGAACCGGCUCAGUUUGGUGGGGCAGUUCAGUUUUGCAGAGAUUCACUCCUGGGUGGUUUUCUGUUUGCCAGAGGUGCCUGAAAAAACGCCUGCAGGGGAGAGCGUGACCUUCUACUUCCAUAACACGUUCCUCGGCACACAGCUGGAGGCCACAUACUGCAAAGGGGAGGGUCACUUUAAGUCGGACAAUAUUUCCACCAUCUCUAUUCUCAGAGAUGUUCUCUCUAAAGAGGCGACCAAAAAGAAAAUCAAUCUAAAUAUUUCAUACGAUAUAGAUGAUGACUCUGUUAGUCACACUCUCCAGAUGAUCCAUCCAAAGCUGGAGUACCAGUUGCUGCUGGCGAAGAAAGUUCAGCUUAUUGAUGCUCUCAAAGAGCUCCAGGUUCACGAGGGGAACGCCGAUUUCCUGAUCCCGGAGUAUCGCAGCGUCUUGGACGAGUCUGCCAAUCUUCUGGAGGAGUACAAGAAGCAGCCCGCACACCUUGAAAGGCUCUACGGAAUGAUCACGGAUCUUUUCAUUGACAAAUUCAAGUUCAAGGGCCAGAAUGUGAAAACAAAAGUGUCAUCGCUGCUGGACAUCCUCGACAGUUAUGACUUAAAUUCACUGUUGGACUUUUUCAAUGAGCCAUGAACAGACAAAUCAGAAUGUGUUUUAUUUUUGUCUUUGUAAUCCAAGCACAGAAAUAUAAUGACCAAAACUUAUGUCUAAAUUGUGUUAUUUUACUGUAUUUAGAAACUAUUUAAAGAUAUAUUUACAUUGCAGAGUAAUACAAUAUUUAUUACAUUUUUGAUAUGACUUGAGAAGUGAUGCUUGUUUUAAUUGAAUAAUGUAUGUCAUUUAAUGUAAUGAAUGAUGUGAAAAUGUUACAAAAAAGAAUUCAGAAAUUCAGUUUCAUCAUUUAAAAGGAACUUGUUUAAUAAAUGUUUCCCAAAACAUCAAAUCUGUCAUUAAUAAAAGUAUUUAUACAGUCA